UGUAUUCAAUGAAUACAUGAACUAAUCGUAAGAAAUAUUGUCCGCAAAAGUAUCGAAACAAUUGAUUUGAAUGACGAGUAUAUUGAGAGCGAAAGCGGUGGCUGUCAUGAUAGGCAUGACAGCCGUGUCCUAUCUGUUCCACAAGUGGUCCACUCCUCACGAGCGGGGCUUUCACUGCAGUGACCACACCAUCGCUAAACCCUUUUACCCCGUCAUAAUUCCCAUGUUUACUGUGCUUUGUAUGGCAUUAACCACACUAUUCCUCACAGUCGUGACCACCGAAUACCUGUUUGGCUUUCAUCUAAAACAGGUGAUCGACGAGUUGACCAAGUUUUAUGUCGGACUCAUGUCAUCCAUUUUGUUGACACAUAUUUGCAAAACAUAUUUCGGAAGAUUAAGACCUAAUUCUAUCGAUGGUAUCUGCAAUGCGAGGCAUUACUGUGCGGACGAUCCGACCCGAUAUGUGGACCAAUUUGUGUGCAUUAAUGCGAGUCCGCGAAUGGCCAGAGAGGCCCGAAUGUCUUUCUAUUCAGGCCACUCGGCUCUGGCCAUGUAUGUGGCCUUUUAUGCGGUGCUAUACCUGUUGUAUCGCUUUAAGUCAAACACAAACCCUAAAACAAAGUGCAUUGUAUAUGCGAUUCAAUGCAUAAUUUUUAUACUCGGAAUGAUUCCGGGCUUUACUCAGGGAUACAUUUAUUGGCACCACUGGUCAGACAUCGGCACCGGCUAUAGUGUGGGCGCUCUCAUCGCAUAUCUGGCCAUUAAUUAUGCUUAA